AUGGGCUUGACUCUCUCACAUUUCUGUGCAGGCCUGCGGACGACCAAGGAUCGCGUUUUUGGGACGGAAUAUCGUGACUGGCCAUGUACGAGCGUGUUCUAA